AUGGCAGCCAAUCCUGAAAACCAGAACAAAGUUGAUCUACCACAGAAGCUGUCGGACUUGCAGGUAGAAGAGAUCCUUAGGUGUACCAAGGUCGAAGCGACCAACCCAACCGACCAGGCGCAUUUAAACGAUAUUGAACUGGGCGACCUGGAUGAGAAGAUCGCUGAGAAGUUGGACCAGAUCAAGGCUAGGUCUACCGCGCUCAUGUCGAAUCCCAACGGCGAGAGCUCCAGAUGGCUGUUGAGACAAGAACCUGGAGCACCAACGCGAAGAUGGCUGGUCGCACGGAAUAUUGAAAACGAGGUGGAGAUUUCGGUUGAUCUGAUGGGACUAGAAGCCAAGCCGGAGCAAGGUUGA